UUUGUUUUAUUGCUCCUCCGAUGUUUACCAACAUAAACAAGAGAGGCAUUCUGGGAAACGCUCUGCCGUGAAUUUAACUACAGUUGUGUUAAACAGCGUUGAUGCUAACGGAUUAAAUGCCAACGUUAAUACUUGAAGACAGGGUCCUCCUAUAAAUGUGGAAUGGGAUCUGGAUGAAGUGAAAUGUUAGGUCUGAAUUUGUAGGCCUGCUGGUGCUAAGCUGUUGCUUCACCUUGGUUUAGUUUUCCACGCCAUGGGAAGAAACUGGAGUGCACUUCUUGCUGAUGUCCACCACACUUCUUGAGUCUGUUCCGCAUGCAUGCGUCCUAGCUUCAACCAGUUUUCUGGGCGACAUUUGCCGCAUCAUUCGCUCAAAUAGUGUUGUAGUUGAAACCAAACUGAAUAGAGCGGCUAGUUUGUUCCAAUGGUGACAAUGUUCUUCUUUUUAAAUUUUUUUUUAUUUUGAAGAAAUGACAUCGGCUUCUGAAACGAAUGUGUCUAUAGGACUGUUGGACUUACGUUUCUGUAUUCAGUUUGAUCUCAACAUGGUCUCAGGCCCUUCAAAUCUCGAAUCGUUUCUGAAGGAUCUGAUGGACCCAAAGAUGCCGUAGAUCAAGGGCUACAAGCCGAUCCGCCAAUUCCGAUUACUUUUUUUUUUAGCGCAACUUAAGAGUCAAGUCGGAAACCCACAACCACUUGGAUGGGAGAAACUCAGGAACGUACCUUCAGGCUACUGAAGAAUACUCCAGCUUUUGAAGUCCUUCGAGUCAGUUUCAAAUACAGUUGGAAGAAUCCUUGUGUUGCUGUUGAGGAUCUUGGAAGGAAGGUGCGUUCCAUUCGUACAGGGACGGAGUCUUGUCCGACCAAGGAAGUGGCGCUGAGCUUGAUGGAGAGGGAGCAGGUGCCGGAGAAGGGGGGCCUGUCAUGGGUUCCUUUGGGCUGGUGUACGGUUGCAAACAGAAGAGGGGGUCAUGGGUGCAAGGCCCAAAAAAGCCUGCACACGUGGACGAGGGCGGUCUCAGCGGUGACCGCCGGCCUGAGUUCUGUCCUUCACAUUAUAACCCGCUGACGUCCGGACCUUCAACAUGGGUCGAGGGUGGGGAAGUGAAAAUGGAGGGAAGAGGAGGAAGAAGGACAAAGAUUUGGAUGAGCUGAAGAAAGAAGUGGCUCUGGACGACCACAAGAUUUCUGUGGAGGACCUGGGCAAGCGCUACGGCCUGGACACCUCACAGGGUCUGACAACAGCUCGAGCUGCUGAGAUUCUGGCCCGCGAUGGCCCCAACUCCCUCACCCCUCCCCCCACCACCCCCGAGUGGAUCAAGUUCUGUCGUCAGCUUUUCGGAGGAUUCUCCAUCCUGCUGUGGAUCGGCGCCAUCUUGUGUUUCCUGGCGUACAGCAUCCAGGUGGCCACCGAGGACGAGCCGGUCAACGACAAUCUGUACCUGGGCGUGGUGCUCGCCGCCGUGGUCAUCAUCACCGGGUGCUUCUCCUACUUCCAGGAGGCCAAAAGCUCCAGAAUCAUGGACUCCUUCAAGAAGAUGGUGCCGCAGCAAGCCAUCGUGAUCCGCGAGGGAGAGAAGCUCCAGAUCGAGGCUGAGAUGGUGGUGCUGGGAGAUUUGGUGGAGAUCAAGGGAGGAGAUCGCAUCCCGGCCGACCUCCGAGUCAUCUCCUCCAGCGGCUGCAAGGUGGACAACUCGUCUCUGACCGGAGAGUCGGAGCCUCAGACGCGCUCGCCAGAGUUCACGCACGACAAUCCGCUGGAGACCCGCAACAUCUGCUUCUUCUCCACCAACUGUGUCGAGGGCACCGCUCGAGGCAUCGUGAUUGCCACGGGGGACCGGACCGUGAUGGGUCGCAUCGCCACUCUGGCGUCGGAGCUGGAGGUUCGCCGGACGCCCAUCAACAUCGAGAUCGAGCACUUCAUUCACCUGAUCACGGGCGUGGCCGUGUUCCUGGGGGUCUCCUUCUUCAUCCUGUCGCUCAUCCUGGGCUACACCUGGCUGGAGGCCGUCAUCUUCCUCAUCGGCAUCAUCGUGGCCAACGUGCCCGAGGGCCUGCUGGCGACCGUCACCGUGUGUCUGACUCUCACUGCCAAGCGAAUGGCCAAGAAGAACUGCCUGGUGAAGAACCUGGAGGCCGUGGAGACUCUGGGCUCCACCUCCACCAUCUGCUCGGACAAGACGGGCACGCUGACCCAGAACAGGAUGACGGUGGCCCACAUGUGGUUCGACAACCAGAUCCACGAGGCGGACACCUCCGAGGACCAGACCGGUUCUGGCUUUGACAAGAGUUCUCUUACCUGGUCUGCCUUGUCCCGAGUGGCCGGACUCUGCAACCGAGCCGACUUCAGAGCCGGACAGGAUCACCUGCCCAUCCUCAUGAGGGAGACGGCGGGAGACGCGUCGGAGUCCGCGCUGCUCAAGUGCAUUGAGUUGUGUUGCGGGAGCGUUCGAGAGAUGAGGAGCCGCAACCGCAAAGUGGCUGAGAUUCCCUUCAACUCCACCAACAAGUACCAGCUGUCCGUCCACGAAGCAGAAGAGAAUCCGUCUGGACACAUCCUGGUCAUGAAGGGGGCGCCGGAGAGAAUCCUGGACAGAUGCAGCACCAUCAUGAUCCACGGCCAGGAGCAAGCGCUGGACGACAGCUGGAAAGAAGCUUUUCAAAACGCCUAUGUGGAGCUGGGGGGACUCGGGGAGAGGGUGCUGGGCUUCUGCCACCUGAGCCUGUCGUCCUCUCACUUCCCUCGUGGCUUCACCUUUGACUGCGACGACCCCAACUUCCCCACCGAGCAGCUGUGCUUCCUGGGCCUCAUCUCCAUGAUCGACCCUCCGCGCGCCGCCGUGCCGGACGCCGUCGGGAAAUGCCGCUCCGCCGGCAUCAAGGUGAUCAUGGUGACCGGGGAUCAUCCAAUCACAGCCAAGGCCAUCGCCAAAGGAGUGGGCAUCAUCUCCGAGGGCAACGAGACCGUGGAGGACAUCGCAGAGAGACUCAACAUCCCGCUCAGCCAAGUCAACCCCAGGGAUGCCAAGGCUUGUGUGGUGCACGGGUCUGACCUGAAGCACAUGAGCUCAGAGUACCUGGACGACCUGCUGAGGAACCACACUGAGAUAGUGUUCGCGCGCACGUCUCCACAGCAGAAGCUCAUCAUCGUGGAGGGCUGCCAGCGACAGGGCGCCAUUGUGGCGGUGACAGGCGACGGAGUCAACGACUCUCCUGCGCUGAAGAAAGCCGACAUCGGCGUUGCCAUGGGGAUCGCCGGCUCCGACGUGUCCAAGCAGGCGGCCGACAUGAUCCUGCUGGACGACAACUUCGCCUCCAUCGUCACCGGCGUGGAGGAAGGUCGGCUGAUCUUCGACAACUUGAAGAAGUCCAUCGCGUACACGCUGACCAGCAACAUCCCCGAGAUCUCGCCCUUCCUGCUCUUCAUCAUAGCCAGCGUUCCUCUUCCUCUGGGCACCGUCACUAUCCUCUGCAUCGACCUGGGCACCGACAUGGUGCCGGCCAUCUCUCUGGCGUACGAGACGGCGGAGAGCGACAUCAUGAAGCGACAGCCCAGGAACCCCAAGACGGACAAGCUGGUGAACGAGCGGCUCAUCAGCAUGGCCUACGGGCAGAUCGGUAUGAUCCAAGCUCUCGGUGGCUUCUUCACCUACUUCGUCAUCCUGGCUGAAAACGGGUUCCGACCGUCCGACCUGGUCGGCCUUCGCAUCAGCUGGGACGACCGUGACUUCAACGAGCUGGAGGACAGUUACGGGCAGCAGUGGACCUACGAGCAGAGGAAGAUCAUCGAGUUCACCUGUCACACCUCCUUCUUCGUGAGCAUCGUGGUGGUCCAGUGGGCCGAUCUGAUCAUCUGCAAGACCAGACGGAACUCUCUGUUCCAGCAGGGCAUGAAGAACCGCAUCCUGAUCUUCGGCUUGUUCGUCGAAACCGCUCUGGCCGCCUUCCUCUCCUACUGCCCAGGAAUGGACGUGGCUCUGCGCAUGUACCCCCUGAAGGUCCUGUGGUGGUUCUGCGCCUUCCCCUACAGUCUGCUCAUCUUCGUUUAUGAUGAGAUCCGUAAAUUAAUUCUGAGGAGGAACCCAGGAGGUUGGGUGGAACAGGAGACGUAUUACUGAGGCUCCCGUGUUGGUGCGUCCCUUCUCUCGGAGGCCACUCUGCCCAGUGGUUUGUGUGAUGCUGUAGCUUCACCUGCUGAAUCUGCAAACGCUGUUGAAUAAAAAUGUGAAAUCUGGAGUCAGCCGUUCAUCCUGUCUUCCCCACCUCUCUCUUCUGUUGAUUCAUAUCUCCAUCCAUCCAUCCAUCCAUCCAUCCCCUGGUUAUAGCUGCAUUAUUGUGAAUUUAUUCAUCUUAAACUAUCCACUUUCAUCUGUUCCCUCUUUUAGAUCUGUCUUCUGUCCCGCAUGUCCUCUGGGAAUCCAUGCAUCAUUCCUCCAUUAGAUUGUCCUUCAGUCAGUCCUUCCUUCAUCCAUCUGUUCUCAUCCACCCAUGUACCUAUUUUUCAUGCAUCCCAUUAUUUUCUCUUUUUGUUUUUCUUUAUUUCUGUCUUUCAUCCAUCAAUAAGCAUUUGGUUCCAUUGUCCACUCUCCUAUCUUUCCUUUCUCUCUUUCACCCUUUUGUCUGUCCAUCAUUUUUCCUCCUUCAUCCUUCCAUCAUCUUCUCCAUUCUUUCCUCUCAAGCCUCUUUCUAUCCAUCCCGUUCUCUUUCUGCCCAUUCACUCCUUCCUCUGUUUUUCACCUCCAUUUUUUUGUUUUAAUAUUUUUUUUUCUUUACCACCAUACCUUCACUCGACAUCAUUCAUCAUUUUUUCCUGCCUCGAGUUCGUCCCUGAAGAAAUUUUCAAAUGUAUAUGUCAUUGAAGAGAAACCCCCGAAAAGAGGAGGAAUUAUAGACA